AGCUGUCACGGAAAUAAUAAACGCGUUGAAGGUCACAUUAAAACAAAACUACUUCCGGUUCAACAAUAAGAUAUAUAAACAGAUUAACGGGUUAGGAAUGGGCAAUCCGACGUCAGCAAUACUCAUGGAAGUAUUCAUGCAAACACUGGAGGAGAAAUACAUGAAAAACCUAUCGACCAACCUAGGAGUAAAAUUCUACGCGAGAUAUGUCGAUGAUGUAAUAUGUCUAAUAGAGGGAAACAAAGAGAAACAGAUACUAGACUAUCUCAACAAACAACACCAGAAUAUAAAAUUCACCAUGGAAACGGAAGAGGAAAGAAAGAUUAACUAUCUGGAUUUAACAAUUAAAAUAAACGAUACCACGAACAAGAUAGAGUUCGAAAUAUACAGAAAACCAACAGCCACAGACACAAUUAUACACAAUAGCUCAAACCACCCACAGCAACACAAAAAUGCAGCAUUUAGACAACUAAUAACGAGGCUUGAAAGGACCCCUCUAACAGAAGACGACUACAAGAAGGAACUGGAUACAAUAUAUGCCAUUGCGGAAAAUAACGGAUAUAGGAGAGGCCUGGUGGAGAAGUUAAGAAAGGACAGAAAAUCGAAAAAGACUAGCAAAGAGGAAAACAAUAAAAAAAAACUUGGGCAGUUCUAACUUACACAGGAAAGACAUCUUACAAACUUGCCAAAUUCUUUCAUAAGUACGACAUUCAGACAUCAUUUAAAACAAGGAACACAGUGGGAAAUAUAUUGAAAGAGAA